CUCAGUACCAGUGCCUGCUGGUGAAGUACGCCAAGGACACGCGCUACUGCACCUCCGGCGUCUCCACACACGACAAGAACACCAUGGAGGCCCUGCCAGCCUGCCUCCUCAAGGACGUGUACCAGGAGGCACUGGGCUCUGCGGUCAUCGGCAUUGACGAGGGCCAGUUCUUCCCAGACAUUGUGGAGUUCUGUGAGAUGAUGGCUAAUGCUGGGAAAACAGUCAUUGUUGCUGCUCUUGAUGGGACUUUCCAGAGAAAGGCUUUUGGGAACAUUCUGAACCUGGUCCCGCUGGCAGAGAGCGUGGUGAAACUGAAUGCUGUGUGCAUGGAGUGCUACAGAGAAGCCUCCUACACAAAGAGGCUGGGAGCAGAGAGAGAGGUUGAAGUAAUUGGAGGAGCAGACAAGUACCACUCUGUCUGCCGAGCCUGCUACUUCCGCAAACGGCCUCAGCAGCCUGGGUUGGAAAACAAGGAGAAUAUGCCCAUGGGAGUGAAGCAGCUGGAUAUGGCUGCCUCCCGGAAGAUCUUUGCUUCUUGACUGCUGGACUCCCACAUGGAG